UUCCUCAAGAGGCUCCAUCCUGAGAUGAGUCAUCCCAGGGCUCAGGGGUGGGCCAGGAGCGGAUGAGCCCUCUAGGACAUCCUGGAGGAGUCGGAGAGGAGCAGGAAGGUGACUGGGUGGCUCACCCAAUCGGGCCCCUGUCUGCCAGCCUCUUCCUAAGGUGCUGGGCUGUCCACACCCUCCCCAGACCUUAGCGCCAGCCACAUUGAGCUGUGGUGACAGGGCCUGAAGACCGGGUCGUUUCCCAAAUCUUAGAGUCAAAGAAGAUCAUACAAGGCUGGGAAGGAUCUUUGCAACUCUCCAGUGUAAACACCUCGGUGUUCAGAGGAAGCAACUGAGGCCCAGAGAGCUGGAUCCAGGCCUGGAACCCAGGGCACUGUGGCACCUCCUGCCCUGAGCUGCAGGAGACAGAGGGGGCCACUUCUUCCUCCAGGCAAAACGUAGCUGCAUCUAGCCCACAAAGCUGGAGUUCCCCCCUCUGUGUGGAAGAGAUGGAACAUGGACUUCACAGGACCAUGAGCUUGGACCCCCCCAGGAGAUGCCUUCUGAUGCUACUGAUGGCUUUGAACCUGACCCAGGGUGACCCUGUGAAGCCCUCUCGGGGUUCGCUGUUGACCUGCACGUGUAAGGGCCCACGAUGCAGGGCGCCUACCUGCCAGGGGACCUGGUGCACUGUAGUGCUGGUGCGGGAGGAGGGCAGGCACCCCCAGGAACAUCGGGGCUGUGGGAACUUGCACCCAGAACUCUGCUGGGCACGCCCCACUGAUGUCGUCAACCACUACUGCUGCUACAGCUCCCUCUGCAACCACAACGUGUCCCUGGAGCUGGAGGCCUACCCAACCCCGGAGCAGCCGCAAGGAGACAGCCAGCUGCCUCUGAUCCUGGGCCCUGUGCUGGCCUUGCUGGUCCUGGUGGUCCUGGGUGCCCUGGGCCUGUGGCAUGUCCGGCGGAGGCAGGAGAAACAUCAGGGCCUGCACAGCGAGCUGGGCGAAUCCAGACUCAUCCUGAAGGCAUCCGAGCAGGGGGACAGCAUGUUGGGGGACUUCCUGGACAGUGACUGCACAACGGGCAGUGGCUCGGGGCUCCCCUUCCUGGUGCAGAGGACGGUGGCACGGCAGGUCGCCCUGGUGGAGUGUGUGGGAAAGGGCCGCUAUGGCGAGGUGUGGCGAGGCCUAUGGCACGGUGAGAGUGUGGCGGUCAAGAUAUUCUCCUCGAGGGAUGAACAGUCCUGGUUCCGGGAGACUGAGAUCUACAACACAGUGUUGCUCAGACACGACAACAUCCUAGGCUUUAUAGCCUCGGACAUGACUUCCCGCAACUCGAGCACGCAGCUGUGGCUCAUCACGCACUACCACAAGCAUGGCUCGCUCUACGACUUUCUGCAGAGGCAGACGCUGGAGCCGCGCCUGGCCCUGAGGCUGGCCGUGUCCGCGGCCUGCGGCCUGGCGCACCUGCACGUGGAGAUCUUCGGCACUCAGGGCAAACCGGCCAUCGCCCACCGCGACCUCAAGAGCCGCAACGUGCUAGUCAAGAGCAACCUGCAGUGCUGCAUCGCAGACCUGGGCCUGGCUGUGAUGCACUCGCAGGGUAGCGAUUAUCUGGACAUCGGCAACAACCCGCGAGUGGGCACCAAGCGGUACAUGGCCCCCGAGGUGCUGGAUGAGCAGAUCCGCACCGAUUGCUUCGAGUCCUACAAGUGGACGGACAUCUGGGCCUUUGGCCUGGUGCUGUGGGAGAUCACCCGUCGGACCAUCGUCAAUGGCAUUGUGGAGGACUAUAAGCCACCCUUCUAUGACGUGGUGCCCAAUGAUCCCAGCUUUGAGGACAUGAAGAAGGUGGUGUGUGUUGACCAGCAGACCCCCACCAUCCACAACAGGCUGGCUGCAGAUCCGGUCCUCUCAGGGGUGGCUCAGAUGAUUCGGGAGUGCUGGUAUCCCAACCCCUCCGCCCGCCUCACUGCUCUGCGGAUCAAGAAGACACUACAGAAACUCAGCAACAGCUUCGAGAAGCCCAAAGUGAUCGACUAGCCACAGGCUGACACCUGACUCCCCUCAGCCUGCAGUGUGUGUGGGGGUGGGCGGUAAAUGGUGGUCUGUCUGGGUGGAGGUAGUGUGUGUGUGCUGGAGAGGGGGUGCCCCUCUAGGGGCAGCUGUGCCUGCCCAGCUCUGCCCCCAACCCACCCAGCCAAAAAUACAGCUGGGCUGAAACCCGA